CUCAAUUUGUGACUUUUAUUUUGAAAUAUGUUGGCGGAAAUGACGCCCUUUCCUCUUUAAUCCUCAUCCGCAGAGCCUGCCCUCAGUGAGCCACACAAACCGAACCGAACUUCAUCCUUUCCGUGAACCAUGGGGCCGACAGGUGAAGUGGUGUUUGGCAGCCCGGUGCCGGUCCGCGAUGAGAACCGGCUCCGCUGGGACCUGAGCCCCGAGCAGAUCCAGCAGCUUUCUGACAAGCUCAUGGGGAACACCAAGAAGGUUUACGACCGUGUGGGAGAUCUGGACCUGGACGCCGUGGCCUUGGAGAACACGCUGAAGGCGCUGGCUGACGUGGAGGUGGAGUACACUGUCCAGAGGAACAUGUUGGACUUCCCUCAGCACGUGUCUCCCUGUAAGGAGGUCCGGGCAGCGAGCACCGAGGCCGACAAGCGGCUGUCCGAGUUCGAUGUGGAGAUGAGCAUGAGGGAGGAUGUCUACCAGAGGAUCGUUGCCCUGGAGAAGAAGAUCAACGCUGAGGACAUCACCAUGGAGGCCAAGCGCUACAUGGAACGCCUGAUCAAACUGGGGAAGAGGAACGGCCUGCACCUGCCCAAGGAGACACAACAGGAGAUCAAAAGCAUCAAGAAGAAGCUGAGCAACCUGUGCAUCGACUUCAACAAGAACCUGAAUGAGGACACCACCAGCCUGUCCUUCACCAGAGACCAGCUGGGUGGGCUCCCAGAGGACUUCCUGAGCUCUCUGGAGAAGGAUGGAGACAAACUGAAGAUCACUCUAAAGUAUCCACAUUACUUCCCGACCAUGAAGAAAUGCUUCGUUCCAGAAACCCGUAGGAAGCUGGAGGAGGCCUUCAACUCCCGCUGCAAAGAGGAGAACUCUGUCAUCCUGAAGGAGCUGGUGAAGCUUCGAGCUCAGAAGAGCUCUCUGCUCGGCUUCAGCACGCAUGCAGACUUCGUCCUGGAGAUGAACAUGGCCAAAUCUGGGAAGAAGGUUGCCAGCUUCCUGGAGGAGCUGACCCGGAAGCUGAAGCCUCUGGGGGAGGAAGAGCGAGCCGUCCUCCUCAAACUGAAGGAGAAGGAGUGUGAGACCAGAGGGUUUCCUUUCGACGGCCAGCUGCACGCCUGGGACACUCGGUACUUCAUGACUCAGGUGGAAGAGACUCAGUAUGCUGUGGAUCAGAACCUGCUGAAGGAGUACUUCCCAAUGGAGGUGGUGACUCAGGGUCUGCUGGACAUCUACCAGGACCUGCUGGGUCUGAGCUUCGAGCUGGUGGAGGGGGCUUCUGUCUGGCAUGCUGACGUCACUCUGUACUGCGUGAAGGACCGCAGUAGCGGUCAGGUGGUGGGACAGUUCUACCUGGACCUGUACCCCAGGGAGGGGAAGUACGGGCACGCCGCCUGCUUCGGCCUGCAGCCCGGUUGCUUGCUGCCCGACGGGACCCGGCAGAUGUCGGUGGCCGCCAUGGUGGCCAACUUCAGCAAGCCGACAGCCGACGGCCCGUCGCUCCUGCAGCACGACGAGGUGGAGACGUACUUCCACGAGUUCGGCCACGUCAUGCACCAGCUCUGCGCCCAGGCGAACUACGCCAUGUUCAGCGGCACGCAUGUGGAGCGAGACUUUGUGGAGGCUCCGUCUCAGAUGCUGGAGAACUGGGUCUGGGAGAAGGAACCGCUGCAGAGGAUGUCCAAACACUACAAGACUGGGAAACCCAUCCCAGAAGAGCUGCUGGACAAACUCAUCAAGUCCCGACUAGCCAACACCGCUCAGGGUUCUGACUGCCUGCAGGAAAACUCAACACCAACAUGUGACCCACCUGCAGGUCUGUUCAACCUGCGGCAGAUUGUUCUGGCCAAAGUGGACCAGGCUCUGCACACCAGAACCGGGCUGGAUCCUGCAGAGGAAUACGGACGCCUCUGCCAGGAGGUUCUGGGGAUCCCUGCAUCACAAGGAACCAACAUGCCGGCCACCUUCGGCCACCUGGCGGGCGGGUACGACGCUCAGUACUACGGUUACCUGUGGAGCGAGGUGUUCUCCAUGGACAUGUUCUACGCUCGCUUCAAACAGGAGGGCAUCAUGAACCCACAGGUGGGUCUGGACUACAGGAAGUUCAUCCUGCAGCCCGGCGGCUCUCAGGACGCCUCAGAGAUGCUGAGAAAGUUCCUCGGGCGGGAACCCAAACAGGAAGCGUUCCUCCUGAGCAAAGGGCUGACGGUGGAGCUGGACGCAAGCACGCCAUGUCCCUGCUGACCAAUCAGAGCAGCCGGCCCCGCCCCCAGUCUGAACUUUGGACCGAAGUUUUCUAGAAAAAUCCUGUAAAAUGUUCCAGAGAGGGACCUGAGAAUAAAAGGAUCUGAGCUGA